AUGGGAUGUGUUAACUCAUAAAAAUCUAAAAAUAUAAAUUUAAAUAGGCAGGCUGCAUAUGCUACUAUUUUUAAUGAUAAUGUAUUAAAAUAAUUAUAGCUCUUUAGAUUUAAAUUUAAUAAUAUAGUACAACCGAAAGGAAUUAAAGGUUUGUUGAACCAUAAAAAAAUUUUUAAGUGCCAAGUAAUAUAAACAAAUAAAGUGAAUCUUAAUUGAAACGGACAAUUUAAAGAUUAAAUUUAAAUAAGGUAAAUCAGUUUAAAUAAAAUGUCGAAACUUUGAAAAAAUAUUAAAAAAGAGAUUCUAAAUUUUACAAUUCUCAUUAAAAAGAUUUUGAUGAAAUAAUGCAACAUAUACAAUAAUAGACACUAACCUUAUAAAUAUUAUUAGUAAUUUUAGAUAAAUAUUUAGAAUAAAAAUGAUCAAUUGCAAAUGCCUUUACUUGACAUUUUAUAUAUUAAGAAUAAUGAAGGUAAAUCAUUGAUUGAAUUAAUCUUAUGUCAAAUUGAUAAUUAUGAAAUUAUUUCAUAAAUAGUUUUAGGUUUUAAUUUGACAGAAGAUCAUUUACAAGCUAUUGCAAUUCCGCUCUUUAGAAAAUUGAAAUUAUUAAACUCUAAUUUAAAUGUUGAAAAAGCAAUUAAGUUUUUAAAAGAUAUCAAAUAAAAAAAAAUUAUCGAAAUCAUUUUAAAUGUAUCUAAAGAUAGAGGAAAUAGCAUUAUAAUUAAACAUUUUAGAAAUAUAUUUAAUUAUAUUGAUAAAAAUAAUAAAAUGCAUUUAAAAUAUUUAAAGAUUCUAUCUUAAAUGACCUCUGGAGUAGAAUCCUUUUAAAUAUUAUAAUAGGAAUAUAUUAAAGCUUCAAUAGAAUUUAAACUAAACAAUCUUAUAAUAUCAAAAAAAAUUAAAAAAGGAAAUAUGGAAGAUUUAUUAAAAAUGAAAUCUGAACUUUAGGAACUUAAAAUUAACAUUUUUCAUUAAGUGGCUUUAAACAAAAAAUGGGAUAUAUUUAAUCAAUAUUCAAAUUGUCUAAUAUAAAAUCCAAAUAUAUCUUAAUUUACUUCUUUUAUGAUGUUUUUUUAAAAUGCUCCUUUUGAUAUGAUUCUUAAAUAUAUCUAAUAAUAUCCAAAUUAACUUAUAUAAGGAAUUGAAUAUUCUACUUCUUAGGGUUUAAAUUUAAUACAUUGUCUUUGCUUAAAUAAAAAUGUAUCUCAAAUAUUAGAUAAUAAUUGUUUAGAAAUAAUGGAUAUUUUAAAAAACUAAAAGAAUUUCAAUUAGUUACUUCUAUAACCUUAUUAAGAUUAAAUACCUUUAAUUUUUUAUCUAAAUGUUUAGAAAAUAGUUCAUAAGAAAUUUCUUGAUUUUUUGGGUAAAAAUCUAAAAAAGGAUUUUGAUUUUUAUAAGUUAGAUACAUUAGCAUAAAUUUUAGGAGAAGAAUUAAAAUUUAGGGAAAUAAAAAAAUAACAAAAAUCAAUUAAAUAUCUUUAAAGGAAAAAGAAGCAUGCUUUUAAUUAAAAUUAUUUUAAGUUAGAGUUAGAAUUAUAAUAAGAAUUAAAAGAAUAAUUUAACCUUUAUUACUUACACUAUGUUCAAUUAAUGAAAAUUAUGAUUAAAAGAAAAUUUUCAAUUGAUUAUUCUCAUUUAAAUGAGUUUUUUACUUUUACUUCUAAUUUUCCUUAUGAUUUAGGAACCUCACAUCAUAGUUUUUUAUAAAUUGCUUUACGAAAUUUGAAUGAAAAUUUCAUUUUAUAAGAAUUGAAAAAGUUUAAUUUUUAGAAUCAUUUGAAAUCUUACAAAAAUGAAUUAGAAAAAUUAAAUAUAUAAUUGCCUAAAGAUUAUUCAUUAGAAGCUUAAAUUUUAGUAAAAUUAGUUUAUUUAAAAAUGGAUAUUGCAGAUUAAUCAAGUUAACUUCAUAAAGAGAUUAAUUAAAUUAUUUUGUAAUAGCUUCAAAAAGAUCCUAAACUUUUAUGGGCAAGAAUUUAUGGAAACAGUCAAAUAAAAUAUAAAGGAUUUUCAACUAAUUUAUAUUAAUUAAUAAAAUAACUUUUAGAUGUACUUUUUAUAAGGGAUGUAUUAUUAAUAUCAUUUUAAAAUAAUCUUGAUUGUACAUCUAUUGACAUUAUGAAGGAAUUUGUAUUUCAAGAAUUACUAUUAAAACAGGUUGCUACAAAAGAAAUCGAUUUAAGAGCAUUUUCUGAUAGUUUUCCUAGGUAAAUACAAUUUAAGGAAGAAGUUAUUGAAAAAAAAGUUAAGGUUAAUUCAAAAACAAAAUCUUUUUAAAUUAAAUUUUAUAUUUGGAGUUUAGGAUUAGAAGAAUCUUAAUCAAAAAUGGAUAUUGGCUAAUUUUAUCUUUUUUUAUAACAUUUAGAUAGAAAAUGUAUUUCGAAAUUAAUUAAGUGUUAAACUAUAAAAAUAACUAUGAAAUUAUUAUAGGUUCUUUUAGAAUAAGAAAUUACAAUGCCUUUAAUAAAUGAAAUAAUUAAUUUAAAUCCUUAAUAUUUUAUACCAAAAAUUUGGUGGUUGACACAAAAUUGUGAUCUUAAAACAUCACUAAAAAUAAUUUCGAUAAAACAUUAAAUAAAACCAAUCAUUAUAUCUAAACUUAAAAUUAAUUAAUUGGAUUUAAUUUUUGAUUGGUAAAUGUAUGGAAUAUAAUUUAAGAUUUUGAGAUAUUCAAAGCAACUCUUAAUUCAAUAAGAUCUUUCUACAAAAUCUUAACUUAUCAUUUUUUAAUUAUUAAACAGAUUAUUAUUUGUUACAGCAUUAGCCAUUGAUGAUUAUUUUAAUGUAGAAUUAUCAACAUAUUUAAAAAAUUCUCAAGUUGAUAAAAAAAAAGAAACUAUUUCAUAAAUUUAAUUACAUAUGAUGAUAUAAAAUUUAGCGUUGAAAAAUAUUCAACUUUUCAUUGAUUAUUUUAAUUUAGAUGCUUAUUCACUAAUUUAUAUCCUAAGUUUAAAUCAUUUCUCAAAUAAUAAUUUUUUUUCAUAUACUCCAAGUGAAGUGUUUUAAAUUAAUAAAUUUAAUUUUAAUAAUUAAGUUUAAUAACUUUUAAAAUUAGAUUUUAAAUACUAAUAAGAAAUUUGUCCAAUUUUUAUUUAUCGAGAAAAUAGAUUAAAUUAAAAUGAAGAACCAAGGGUUUUUUAGGUUAAUGAUGAUAUAGAAUAUGAUAGACAUAAAAAACCAUAUUGUAUUCUUUUAAUCAAGCAUUUUAAUUACGAAACAUUUAGUAUGUUUGAUCAAAAAUUAAGAACAUCCCUCUAUAGAAGAUAAAAUUUUUAAAUAACUUUUGAAGAAAUAAAAGAUCAGAGAAUAAUAGAAAUAUUAAUUGAUGAUCUUAUUCAAAUAUUGAGAUAAGAAUUCGAAAUUCAUUAAAUAACCCAUAUUAUUACAGAUCCUUUAACUAUUUCAAUUAAUAAUAAUUCAAAUCUUGCUGAAAUUUUAUGUAGAUGUUUGUCAAAGGAAGAACUAAAAUUAUCUAAAUAAUUGAGUUUAAAUUUCUUAGAAAAAUUGUCCCUUAUUUCUAAUUAAAUGUGCAUUCAGUAUUUAGAAAAACUAACCUUAAAAAAUUAUGAAUUCCUUCAUGUUUAUUAUCAAGCAUUAGCCAAAGAAAACAUUCCCUUAUUAAAUCAUUUAAUUAAUUAUUACCAUGAAAAUCAAUUGUCAAUGCCCUUUAUUUACAAUUACAAAUAUAUUAGUUAAAAUGUCAAAAAUUAUAAAAGAGCUUUAUAAGAGAAAUAUUAUUUAGUUUUAGAUGUUAAAUAAUAUUAACUGUUAUAUAAUACUGUAAAAUUAAACAUUAAUACAAUUUUUAACCAUAUUUAAAUGUUUAUUUUACUUGGAUAUGUUGAAUAACUUAAGUUUAUAAGAUAAUAGCCAACUAUUUAAGAUCAGAUCUAAAAUUUUUACUUCGAAUAUUUGUUUGCAAAAAAAAUGUGUAUUGAAAAUGAUUUAGGAAUAAGAGUUAACUUAUUUUCAGGUGAUAUUAUAAAAAAAUAAUUUUAAUUAGAAUUAUUCUUUUUGAAAAAAUUCAAAAGAACAAGUGAAAAGUUUUGUAUAUUCUCAUUUUCCAAACAAAUUUGCUCUUUUAACUUUUAUUAAUAGAAAAUUGAUUAUUUAGAGACAUUCUAAAUUCUUGAUUAAAUUAUGGGAAAUUCAAAAGAAUAAUCUUAAUAAUUAACUUAAUUUAAUGAACUUUAUAGUUUAAUUAUUAAUCCUUAAGCAAAAUAAAUUACACUUUAAAAAGAAUUAAUCUAAUUUAUCUCUAAAUUAAUUAUGAAAGCUAAAAAAUUAAAUAAAUUUAUUUUAGAUCGCUAUGAUGAAUAUAUUUCGUUAUUUAAUAUAAAUUCAAAGAAUGUAGAAAUUAUUUUUGAUUUUAGAAAACCAAAAUAAGCUUUUUUAAAGUUUAUUACCUAAAUACUAAUUCAAUAUAUUUCAUUAAUUAAAGAAAAAAAAAGCACGACCUUGAAAGAUUAUGAAAAAUUAACUGAAUAUAUUUUAAAAUACCAAAUAAAAAAUGAAAAAUUAAUUGAAUGUUUAUAAUUGGGACUUUAAAAUUACUAUUUAACUAAAUUAGAUAAUACAACAUUAUUUUAUGUAUAAAACAAAGUAAAUUUAUUACCGAAAAAUGACUACAAUUUUUCAAAAAAUUCCCAUUUCUAUAAUAGAUAUAAUGUAAUUAAAAAAAUAAUGAAUUUAGAUGAAAUUAAUCUUGAAAAAAUGACCCCUAUAUAAGUUUUUCUUAGUAAAGGUAAAGUAGAUCAUAUAUUUUAAAUAAAUUAUUCAAAUUCAAAUUUAAUGGCUGCUUUAAUUAGUAAUAACUUUAAUACUAUCUAAACAAUUUUGAAAAAACAUUAAAAUCCUUAAAAAAUAUGCUCAGACUUUAACUUAUUUCAUUAUAUGAUAAUUUUUUAAAAUGAAAAAAAUAUUAUCUCAUUUUUUCAUGAAUAUAUAGAAAAUUAUAUACAAGAUAUCAAUAAAUUAAUGAUUUUUUAAAAUGAAUCAAUUCUCUAAACUAUUGUUUUAUAAAGAAAAUGUAAAAUUUUCGAUUUAAUAAUAAACUAAUAUUUAUUAAGAUUGACUGAUAGCUAAACUCAUUUAAAAAUUAUUCAGCAGCACUUAUAAAUGAAAGUACAAUAAUCUGAUUUUAUGAUUUAUUAAUUGGGAAUUUGCUAAAAAUCUUAUUUUAUUGUAGAUUAUCUUGAUGGGAUCAUUUAAGCAGAUGAAAUACAACAACUAAUUUCUUCAGUAAAUUUAAAUUUAGUAUAAAACUUGUUAAAUUCAUAAUAAGGAGUAAAUAAAUUUAAUAAAUUUACUAAAUACUACAUAGAUAGCUUAUAACAUGUUUUAUAAUCUAACUUAAGUCAAAAAAAAGUAGAAAAAUAAAAUAAAGAUACUAAAUAAAUGAAAAUUGUUGGAGUUUAGAAAUAAUUUAUGAUUAAAAUAAAAAAACAUAAUAAAUUACUUAAUCUUCUAGAAAUUGAACUUGCUUGUAUUUAUAAGAUAUUUGGAUUUAACAAAUUUAUCUUGAAAUAUUUAAAAAAAAACUAAAAAUUUUUUUCUUUAUUUGAAAAUGAUCCAUAAGACAUAUUAAUUGCUAUUGAUACAUGCAAAGGUCAUCCAAAAUUAAUUGAAUUUUAUUUGAAUAAUUUUUCAUAAUAAGACUUCAAAGCAAACUUAGAAUAAAUUGUUAAAUAAUGUUAAAAAUUUUAUCUUAUAUAGGAUCCUAUAUUUUAUAAAUCAAUAAUUACUUUUCCAGAAUAAUUUAUUAAUAUAUUGAAUCCAUCUGAUUAUAAUUUAGAAAUAUGUUUAUUAUUAUCUGCUAAAUUAAAAUAAACAAAAAUAUUAGAAAAUUUUAUUAAAAAUUAACUUCAAUUAUAAUAAACAUAAUCAUAGAAUUUAGAAAGAAUAGAUUUUAUUUAGGAAAAUUAUUUAUUUAUGAUGAGCUUAUUUUUAAACGAUUUUUCACUUCCAAUAUUAAAAACAGGUUACUAGCAUAUCAGUGUUGAAUUACUUGUAAAAAGUCUAAAAUUUUUGGAAUAAAAUUUUGAAUAGGAAUUUGAAAAAUUAUCAAAUGAAGGUUUAAAUUAUGUUAUUAAUUUAUUGGAUAAAGAAAUUAUAAUAAAUAACUAAAAUACAUUUUAAGAAUAUAUAAAUUCAAAUGAUAGAGGAUAUUCUAUAAUUAGAGGAAUGCUUUUGAUUUAAUAAAUAGAAGUCAACGUACAUUUUUUUCUAUUUAAAUUACCUAAAUGGGCAAACUUUUCAAAUAAAGUUGAAAUUAGUUUUGAUAACAUUCCGAUUAUGUUUAAUAAUUAGAAUUAUAUUUUACCUUUAAAAUUUAACAAUGAUGUACUUGAAUUAAAUGAAUUAUUGAUAAAUGAAUUUAUACCUGUUUUAAAAUAAUUAAAAUAUGAAAGAAUUAUGAACGAAGAAUUAAUUAAAUUUGAAGAUUUUAAAUAAAAAUGGCCUUAAUACGAUUUUUAAUUACUAAUAAAUAAUAUUAAUAUUGCCUAAAUACCUUUCUAUUGUUUGGAAAAUUUGGAUGAACUUAAUCUCAAAUAAGAGAUUAUAAAUUAGGAAAAUUAAAAAGAAAAGGCUAAUUUUUAUGAAAAUAUCAUAUUUUUUAAAAGUUUGUUAAAUCCUUUAGAAAAUAGUGAUGAAAAUCAUUUUAUAAAUGAUUUGUAAGCACCUCACAAAAAUUUAGAUUUUGAUGAAAGUACUAUAUAAGAAUCUAAGUAUAUUUAAAAAUACUAAAACCAAUAAAAUAAGUUAAGUUAAAAUAAAUUAAGAAAAAAAGUACAAAUCAUAAAAGAGUUCUUGCCAAUAAAUAAAUAUAAAUCUAGAUUUACUAAUAUAUAGAAUAUGAUAUUGAUAGAAUUUUAUCAUUAUUAUUAUCCUCAAACAACAGUUAUAUUACUUUAACCAUUAUCUAAAAAAGAAUAUUAUGAAUAGUAUAAUCCAAAAGCAAUAUUACAAUUAUUAAUUUAUAAGUUUAAAUAGUAUCAUGAUAAUGUAAAAGAACUAAUUAAAUCAUAAUAAUAUGAAAAAUGGAAGAUUAAUUUACCUUAUUAUAUUGAAAAUGAUUAGUUUAUUUAUUAAGAAAUCUUAUUCAUACCUUAUUCUAUUUAAUUUAUUCUUUUUAAAUUUUAAGAGCUUGUUCAUGAUGUUAGGAAAUUAAAUGAUGAUGAGAGAAAAUUAACUGAGUAUGAUUCAAAUUUAAUAAAAUGGAGAAUAAAUGUUAUUUCAGUACUUGAAGUUUUAGUAAAAUCUAUUUUAGAAUCUUCAUUUUUAGAAAAUAAAUGUGUUGAUAUUUUUUCAAUAAUAGACUCUAUUUGUUAAUGGAAAAAUUUGCAAUAAAUUCUUUUUUAAAUUAUCUAUAAUAAUUUAAUAUCUGUACAAAUCACAACCAAAUUAUUUUAAAUAAUAUAUGUAGAAUUUAAGGAAGAAAAAUCUAGCUAUUUAAAUGAGACUUAAAAUGAUAGUUUUCAUAUUUUGGAUUAAAUAUUUUAAUUUGAAAAAACUGAAUACUAAAUUUAUCAAAAAAUAUUAAUUAUAACUUUAAAUGUAUUUGUGAGAAAAGACGUAAAUUUAAAGACUUAUGUUCAACUCAAUAAGUAAUAAAGAAAUUUAUAUAAUAAAUAAUCUAAAGCUUUAGAAAAUAGUUUUAAUCUAUAUAAUGUAAUUAAUGAUUCUGAUUUUUAUUUCGAUAUAUUUUCACCUCCUGAGUUUAUUGAAUAUUUUUUUAAUCGAUAAUAAAUUGAUAAAUAUAUAAAUGAUUUAUCCAUUAGGCUAAAUAGAUUUAUGAAUAAGGAUGUUGUUUUAAUUGUUAAUUAUACUUAAUUAAAAGAUUUAUAUGAAAAUUAAAUAUUAGAAAUUAAAAAGAUCUCAGAUAGAAGAGUGAUGUUAUAGAAAUAAUAUGAAAUUCAAAGUGAAUUAUUAAGAUUAAAAGAUUUUUUUAUUUCUAAAGUUGAAAAUUCAUUAUUUGAAUAAUUGCAGAGUUAAUCUUUUGAAUAAUUAUUUGAAGUUUAUUUAUCAAUUUUACUGUAAUCUCUUAGAUAAAAUAAUUAAUUUUUGUAAUCAACUUAAUCGAAUGUUCGAAGGAUUAUUAAAGCUACUAAAAGUAAAGUUAUUGAAAGAAUGGCUUAAUUUUCAGAAUACAAUUUCUUAAGAUUUUAAUUUGGAUUCUAACUUACACCAACUUAUUAUUAAUAAAGAGCAAAAAUUGGAGAUAUAUGUUUUGUUUGUUUUUUAAAGAAUGGUAAACUUACAAUUGAGCCAUAUUAAUUAAUUCGGAUUAAAGAUUCUGAAUUUUCAUUUUUUUCACUUUAAAAUUAACGUAGAGCUUUGACUCAAGAAUAAAUUGAUGACCAAUUUAGAUUUGAUGCCAAGUAGAAAUAAUAUGGUUUUGAGAUGAUUUUGGAAUUAAUUUUGGAAGAAAUUAUUUCUUUAAUAUGGUUUACUCCUUAAUGGCCUAAUGAAUAAAAUUUUUCGAGUGAAAUAUUGAAUUUAUUUUUUUUGGAUUAAAAUUCCAAUCUUUUGGCAUGCCAUGAAAAAAAAUUUUUACAUAAAAUGUAAAUACUUUAAUAAAUAGAAAAUGAAUAAUAAAAACAAAUAUUUUUAGAUGAUUUUUUAGGGUAAAAUUUAAUACCAUCCUAUGCAUAAUUUUUAGUAACUUAAAUCAUUCCAAUUAUUCCAAAUUAAAUUAAUUAUAAUUUUAAAUUUAAUGAUUAAAAACAAUAAUGUUUUGUUAAAGAAAAUAAUGAAAUAUUUAUAACAAUAUCUAAUGAUGAUUUUAUUUUGGAUAAAUUAUCAUUUGGUAAUUAUAACACUGCAUGCUAUUUUGAUUCAAAAUAAAAAUUAUAAAAAUACUUAAAAAAACUCAAUAAAUUUGCUCAUCAAAUAUAAGGAAUGUCUAAAUUAAUUUUAAAAAUCUGUUUUGAAGAUGAAUUAAAUAAAAAUCCUCAAUUUUAUUUAAGCUAAUUUUUCCAUCAUAUUAAUAUAUUUGAAGAGUUUGAAUUAGGAUUCUAAGAAUUUUGUAAUGAAAUUCAAAUUUCUUAAAUCAAUAAUUCUCUUUAGUAAUUAUUUGAUGUAUCUUCAUUCACACAACUUAAAUAAAAAAUAUUUUGUUAAAUAGUUAAAUAGAUAGAAUUUCAUUUUAAGUUAAAUUAAAACGAUGAGAAAAUCAAAUUGGAAAAUGGUAAUUUAAGUCUGUAUAUGUAUUUAUUGUCUAAUGACCCAAAAUCUCAAAAUCUCUUAAUAUCUGAUAUUAGUUAUUUUUUCUCGAAAAUGAUUAUUCAACAUGAAUAGUUUGGAAUCAGUCAUUUAAUAAUUUUAGAUUAAUUCUAUGAUAUCCAAAUUUUAGAUCAGCCUUCACCUGAUCAAUAUAAAAGUAUGGCAAAUACAAUUCUUUUAAUAAGAUAUUUAUUUUAAUUAAUUUAAUUAAAGUAAAAUCAAUAAUAGAAUAUCAAAGUUACCUUUAUAUUAUAAAUUAAUCCAUCUAAUAAAAGAUUUUAUGAAUUUCAAAUAUAAAAUAGUUAAAUAAUCUUAUAUUAUAAUUGUUUAAAAGAUUUUAGUCUUGAAGUAUUUCUUUUAGAUUAUUUAAAUAAUUUCAAAUUUUAAGGAGAGGUAUAAUAUGAAAAUUUAAUAAAUGAUAAUUAUUUAUUAAAUUGUUAAAUACUACAUAAAUAGAUUAUAUUUAAAGAUAAUUUAUAUUACCCAUAAAUAAAAAAAGAAGACAAAAACUUAUAUAUCUCAAAAGAUUUUUCCUAAUUUUAAAUUUUAGAUGGGAAAUUAGAUCCAUAAGAAUAGGAAAAAGGGAUAAUCAUCUUUUAAAAUAAGGGUAUUUACUAAAAAAUUAUUACAUUUAAAAGUAAUUAGAAAUAUAUGCCAUUAUAAAAAUAUUUUAAAUAAAUUGAGAAUAAAUAAAUUUAUGGAUAAAUAUUUUAUUUUUUAGUUUCUGGAAUAAAUGAAAAGUAUGAUCUAGACACUUAAUUAAAUACCUUAUAAGUAAGAUUUAAUGCUAACAAAAAAAAAAUAUAACAUUUUUUGAAUCAUUAUUAACGAAAUACUCAUAAACUAAAAGUAAAUACAAAAUUAAUUACAACAAAUAUUGCUAUGGUAGAAUUGAUAGUUAAUGGAGUAGAAUCUGUUAAGAUUAAAUCAAAAUCACCAUAAUUAUUAAUAAGUACCUUAAAGAAUUAGAAUUACACAAAAUCAACUAUUAUCUAAUUUAAACCUAUAAAAAUAGCAAAUUAAAAUUAAAAUCUUUUAGAUCAUAUUGGCAUUUUAAUUGAAUAAUCAAAAGAAAAUUAGAUUUAUAAGCCUAUUGAAUUUCGUUAAAAAAUUUAAAAUAAUUUAUUAGAGGAAAAUUAGAAAUUGAUCAAAUUUUUAUUAAAAGGAAUGGGUUAAAAAGUAGAAUUUAUAUAGAAAAGUAAUUUAUUAAAUAAAUAAAUUGAUUUAAUUGAAAUUUAAAAUGUUAAUACUAUUUCUUAUUUGAAUUCUAAUUAAAUAAGUGUAGCUUCAUUAUGUGGUUAAAAGAGAACAGAUUUCUUAGAGUUUUUAGAAAUUUCAGAUAAUUAAAUCCAUUAUGAAAAUGGAAUAUUUGUGCAUUCUUAAUUUUAAUAGAUUAAAAUUUAUCCAUAAAUAUUUAAAGAAACUUUAGGAUUAAAAUUUUAAUGGCAGCCUACAAUUAAAGGAAUCUAUAAUUUAUUUUUAGGAGGUUUAAAAAUAAAUGGUCAAUUUAUAGUAUUGGCAAAUAAAAUUGAUUCUAAAAGAUGCACAAUAAAAUUAAUAGAAGAUACAAAAAAUAUUAGAUUAUAUUAAAAAAUAAAAUUUGCUAUAAAAUUACGAGAUCAUUUGAAUAAUAUAUAUGGUGAUAUUGAAUAAAGAUUAAAUGAAAUAUAACCUAAAGUUGAAACAAUAAGUGAAUUUUCAGAAGAAAAGAUUGAGAUUAAUGGUCCAAAUAAAGAAGGAGAAAUAACAUUAUAAGUAAGUUUUUCUUAAAAAGAGAAUGUCGAACAUCAACCUGAAGAUGUUUAAGUAAAAGUCUCUAUAUUAGAUAAAUAUUUAUCAAGUAAUUCUAAUAUUAAUUUUAGAUUAAUUUCAUUUGGAAGGUUUAACAUUAGAGAUGAGGAUUAUAAAAUAUUAUGAAAAGCUUAAAAGUCCAAAAGUAGAAAAAGUAUUUAAAAUAGAUCGAGCUUAAUUUCCAAAUGAAAUACUUAAAUUAGCAAAAGAUAAAUUUUAAUGUAUUAUGAAAAUUAAGUUUGUUAAUGAAGAAGGCAGUGAUGAUGGAGGAUUAAGGAGAGAAUUUUAUAAUAAAGUUGGUUAAAUGAUAAAAAGUCCUAUUUUUGGAUUUUUUAAAAAAAACAAAAAGAGUUAAACUUAUUUUUUUUCAAGUUAAUUUAAUUAAAAUUAAAAUAGAAAAUAAUAUGCAUUAAUAUUUGGAAAGGUAUAAAUAUAGUAAAAUAUAUAUUUUAGUUAAUAGCAAAUUCAAUAAUAAAUAAAGAAAUUAUAGGUGUAAAAUUUGCUCCUUAAUUUUGGAAAUUGAUUUUUAAUAAACCAAUAUCAUAUGAAGAUUUAGAAGGUAUAAUGGAAGAGAAUGAAUUUUAAAAUUAUAUAAAUUUAAAUUAGAUGCAAAAUGACGAUAUAGAAAUGCUCUAUCUUAAUUUUGAAAUUACUAAAGGGGAAAAAACUAUUUAAUUAGUUCCAAACGGAAAUUAAAUUAAUCUUACAGCUUAAAAUAGAGAUCAAUAUUUAUAAUUAAUAGCUAAAUAUUAUAUAUGUGAUGAAUUUUAAGAAAUUAUUUAAGAGUUAAAAGAUGGUUUUGAAUCUGUCUUAAAAAUUGAUGUAUAAAUAUUGUGUUAUUCAAUAGUUAUUAAAUGAUUGUUUUGAUGUUACAGAAAUGCAUACAUUAACUGAAGGAGCUGAUAAUAUUUAACCCUAAUAAGUAUUAGAUUUAGUAAAAUUUGAAGGAGGUUCAGAUUAAAUGGAGUCUUUUUUUAAGAAAUUCAUUUUGUCAUUAGAUGAGAUUGAAUUGCGUGAUUUCUUAUAAUUCACAACUGGUUCUCCUUAAUUACCUUGGAAUGCUAAACCUACCAUUUAGAUUGAAUUUUCAAAAUAAGCAAAAGAAACUAAUUUACCUAAAUCAUCAACAUGUUUUUACAAAUUGACUAUUCCUUACUAUUAGAGUUAUGAGGAUUUUAAAAAAAAAAUGGAGAUAGCAAUUGAAAAUGGUUAAGAAGGAUUUGGAUAAUAUUGA